GUUGGGCUACAUCCACAGAGCGGGAGCGUGUUAUUCAAACCAGCCCGGACACAGGCACCAAACCACGGCCUGAGGCAGGUUUAAAAUGGCGUCGGAAACAUCCGGGUGGCGGUGAGAGAGGAGCUGGUGGCGAGAAGAAGUUGGGGGGUCUUUGUGAGCAGAGGGUCCUCAGAUCACACUGUGGCAUUUCCAUUCAGCCCGCAGAGCCUUAGCAGCUGUUGCUAAGCUACCACCACGAGAGACAGUGUGGAGGAGAGACAACAGUGGUCAACAGCAUGAGUCACAUUCAUACUGUGACAUGAUGCAGCAGGACCCCUUUAAAGCUCCAGAGGAGUGGACACAGUGGUUUCUACAGCAGGGCUGUGAGAGUGACUGACCCCUCAACACAUCUCCCCUGGGGUUUUACAAUAACAGCCAUGCCACCACCUGCCGACAUCGUGAAGGUGGCUAUUGAAUGGCCGGGUGCUAAUGCUCAGCUCAUAGAGAUGGACCAGAAAAGACCUUUGUCCUCAAUAAUACGAGAAGUAUGUGAUGGCUGGUCUUUGUCAGGCGCAGAGCAGUUUGCCCUGCGUUAUGCCGAUGGCCCUCAGCUUUAUAUCACUGAGCAGAGCCGUGGUGAAAUCAAAAACGGGACCAUCCUUCGAUUAGCCAUUUCUCCUGCGCGUGCUGCUCGUCAGCUCUUGGAGAGGAUCCAGUCCCACGGCAUCGACGCACGCCUCGAGGCUCUGAAAGAGCUCGCCAAGCUGUCUGCAGAUCCAACCUUUGCUGCAGAGUUCAUCAACAUGGAAGGCAUCGGGACACUUGCACGUCUUGUCGAGAGUGGCACCCACUUCGGUGAAAUGCUGGCCUUCACUCUCACUGCCUUUCUGGAGCUAAUGGAUCAUGGCAUUGUGUCCUGGGACCUCAUCUCUCUCUCCUUCAUCAAACAGAUUGCGGGUUAUGUGAACCAGCCAAUGGUGGAUGUGUCCAUCCUUCAGCGUUCUCUGGCAAUCCUGGAGAGCAUGGUCCUCAACAGCCACAGCCUCUACCACCGAGUGGCCCAGGAGAUCACCGUGGGACAACUCAUCGGGCACCUGCAAGUGUCGAACCAGGAGAUCCAGACAUACGCCAUCGCUCUCAUCAACGCUCUUUUCCUGAAGGCACCAGAGGACAGACGACAGGAGGAGUAUACUAACCCACUGGAGCAGCACCUCACUGAAAUGGCGAGCACUUUGGCCCAGAAACACUUGCGAUCCAUCAUCCUCAACCAUGUUAUAAGAGGAAAUCGACCAAUUAAGGCGGAAAUGGCACACCAGCUGUAUGUGCUGCAGGUGUUGACCUUUAACCUUUUGGAAGAGAGAAUGAUGACCAAAAUGGAUCCUAAUGACCAGACCCAGAGAGAUAUCAUAUUUGAGCUGCGUAGGAUUGCCUUUGAUGGGGAAAAUGACCCCACUGGCACAGAGAAGAGAAAGGCCAUGUACACCAAGGACUACAAGAUGCUGGGUUUCACUAACCAUGUGAACCCAGCGAUGGAUUUCACCCAGACUCCUCCAGGGAUGCUGGCUCUGGACAACAUGCUGUACCUGGCCAAAGUUCACCAGGACACGUACAUCAGGAUUGUCUUGGAGAACAGUAGCCGAGAGGACAAGCACGAAUGUCCCUUUGGCCGGUGUGCCAUCGAACUCACUCGAAUGUUGUGCGAGAUACUCCAGGUUGGAGAGUUACCUAAUGAGGGCUGCAACGACUACCACCCCAUGUUCUUUACCCAUGACCGUGCGUGGGAGGAGUUCUUCUGUGUCUGCAUUCAGCUGCUAAAUAAAACCUGGAAGGAGAUGAGGGCCACAGCUGAGGACUUCAACAAGGUGAUGCAGGUGGUGCGUGAGCAGAUCACCAGAGCUCUGGCCAUGAAGCCGUCAUCUUUAGACCAGCUGAAGAAUAAACUGAGAGGCCUCAACUAUUCAGAGAUCCUGCGUCUGCGGCAGUCAGAGAGAAUGAGCCAGGAUGACUUCCAGUCUCCACCUAUCAUCGAGCUGCGGGAGAGAAUUCAGCCCGAGAUCUUAGAGCUCAUCAAGCAGCAGCGAUUCAACCGACUGUGUGAGGGAAGCUGCUUUCGUAAGCUGGGGAACCGCCGAAGGCAAGAGAAGUUUUGGUUCUGCAGACUCUCUCUGAAUCACAAAGUGCUCCACUACGGGGACCUGGAUGAGUCUCCUCAGGGUGAAGUGCCUUUUGAACUCCUCAGUGACAAAAUCCCUGUAUCAGAUAUCAAGUCGGUGGUAACUGGGAAAGACUGCCCUCAUAUGAAAGAAAAGAGUGCUCUCAAACAAAACAAGGAGGUGCUGGAGUUAGCCUUCUCUGUCCUCUACGAUCCCGAUGAGACGCUCAAUUUUGUUGCACCAAACAAGUAUGAGUACUGCAUCUGGACCGACGGCCUGUGUGCACUGCUGGGCAGAGAGAUGGGCAGCGACCUCACACGCAGUGACCUGGACACUCUUAUCAGCAUGGAAAUGAAGCUCCGCCUCCUUGACCUUGAGAACAUCACAAUCCCAGAAGCCCCUCCCCCUGUCCCGAAGGAGCCUAGCUCGUACAACUUCACCUACAACUACAGCUGAGAUGUGUGUGUGUGUGUGUGUGUGUGUGUGUGUGUGUGUGUGUGUGUGGGAGUGUGUGCACGAGUAUGCAUUUGCUCUGCAUGUGUCUGUUUGUUCAGGAUGAGAAUUCUCUCUCUUUUCACAAGUUUACCUGCAAGUAUUUGGGCCAGAAAAUGCUACUUUCGAAUUUUACUUUUCACAACAUUGGAGCCUUCUCUACUUGAUGCCCUAUGGUUCAUCAUGUUGAAGAAAUUUGUUUAUAACUUCAGAGGGAGGUCAGGGUACUUUUACAGAGAAGUUCUCCUAGAGCUGGUAGAGAUUUAGUGAUUGAAUCUUAUUUAUCAGUCCGGUCUCCAGAAAACAUCUUGAUUUGUAUUCUCUGCUCUCAACUACUUAAAGGUGUAAACCUGCAUGCAAAGUGGAAAAAACACUUUGCCUGAUGGUGAAUGUAGAUUAAAAAUCUGCAAAUCAGACAUUAUUCAAUUAUAUUUAGGUAAAUAAUUUGAAAUUAUUCAAAUGUUGGCGUAUUUGGUCUCCUUAUUAGUAAGAUAUUAAGCUACCAUUAAAUACUGCAUUCACUUUAAUUCUGUCUGUUCCUACACAUGAAGGAAGGACACAGAAAUGUCACACAGUAGAAAUGUGUUUCGAGUUUAUACACUCAGAGUCCUGCACCAGGUCACUUCAGUCUCUCUUCAGUAAGAGACACCGCUAAUGUCCCAGUACACAUGUUUCUGGAUAAAUGAGUUCAACCCUCUGUUCCUCAUUGUGCUGCUUUCUGAUGGUUCAACAAGACAAAUCAAAAACUAAAAAUGUAUCAGAGAAGAAGUGAAAGAAGCAGUGAAAGUGCAAGGAUAAUCCGUUGUUCACAUUCUGUGACAGAAGAGUGUAGGACCACUAAUGA